AUGAUUCAAAAGCCGUUGACGGACCAUCGAGAAUAUCAAUGGUUGAUGUUGGAAAAUGAGUUGGAAGUACUUUUGGUUCGAGAUACGAAAGCCUUGAUUGCAUCGGCUUCGAUGGAUGUUAAUGUUGGACACAUGAGCGAUCCGAAGGAGUUUCCUGGAUUAGCCCACUUUGUUGAGCACAUGUGUUUUAUUUCAUCUGAAAAGUAUCCCACAGAAGGUGAUUAUAAGAAUUUUAUUCGUCAGCAUUCUGGAUCUACCAAUGGCACAACCACUGCCGAACAUACGAACUAUUAUUUUACAAUUUCAAAUGAGUAUUUAGAGGAGGCCUUGGAUCGAUUUGCACAAUUCUUUAUCAGUCCUUUGUUUGCUGAGAAUGCAAUUGUGAGAGAAGUGGAGGCAAUAGAUAAGGAGUUUAAGAAAAACUUUCAAAUAGAUUCGCGAAGAUUGUAUCAAUUAAUGAAAGAAUCAUGCAAUGAAAAUCACCCUUUCAAAAAAUUUGGAACUGGAAAUGUACAAACUUUAAAGAUAGAUCCUGAGGCCAACCAUUUAAAUGUUCGAGAGCAUUUGGUGAACUUUUUUAAUAGAUACUAUUCGAGUAAUCAAAUGAAGCUCUGUGUGAUUGGGAAUUAUUCCUUCCAAGAGAUGGAGAAACUUGUUAGAAAUUCUUUUUCAGCCAUCAAGAAUAGUCAUAUUUCUAAACAUGAAUUUUAUCCUCCAAGUGAUGCCACAAAACCAUUUCAACCAUCUGACUUGGCCAAACUGUUCAAAUAUGAACCAGUGACAGAUACCACUGAUCUAACUCUCUUAUUUCCUCUCUCCAUCGAUUGUCCUAAAAUUAUACAGAGAAGAAACAUGUACUACAAAUCCUCAUCUAUUUAUUGUUUGCUUCAGUUAUUUGGACACGAAGGAAAAGGCUCUCUGUAUUCUCUACUCAAGCACAAGAGUUGGGCAGAGUCACUUACUUCAUAUACCUAUGACUACAAUGGUGUCAAUGAUCCUGGAAAACAAUUUUCUCUAUUCGCCAUUAAGAUUAAAUUAACCAAAACAGGAAUUAAUUUUUGGAAAGAGAUUGUAGAACAUGUUUUUGAGUAUAUUCAGAUUCUUAAAACUCAAGGUGUACCUCGUUGGAUAUUUGAAGAAUUCUCACACCUCCAACAGCUAGCAUUUGAUAAUGCACAAUUUACUUCUUCCUAUGCAAGUACAUUGUCUGAAAGUCUGCAACAAUAUUUACCAGAAGAUGUCAUUGGCGCUAAUUAUUUAUUAUACGAAUUUGAUGAAGAUCACACCAACUAUAUAUUGAGCCAUUUUCAUCCUGACAAUUUGAAUAUUUACUUGUCAAGUAAGACCUUUUCCGACUUGGACUCCUCUGAACGAUGGUAUGGCUUCAAAUACAGAAAGGGCGACUUGGAAACAAAUUUCAUCAGCACAUUAAGAAAUAAGAAGAACGAAACACCACAAUUGCACCUUCCAUUCAAAAAUACUUACAUACCAUAUAAUUUGGGACUAGUGACAGAUACCAAUCCGAUCACACAAUAUCCUGUUAAAAUUGUAGAUAGACCCAAGAUCAAAACAUUCUUCAAAAAGGAUGAUUAUUUCAAUACUCCCAGAGCAGACAUUAUUGUCUUGUUGACCAUUCCUCAAAGUUUUGAGGCGCCAUUGAACGUUGUUUAUGUGGAGCUCUUUGUGGACACGGUUCGAUACUUACUUAAUGAAGAACUUUAUAUGGCCUCAUUAGCGAAAAUUGCCUCUAAUAUCACAAAUGUUGAACGAGGAGUUGAAGUUCAUGUGAAUGGGCUCAGAGAACAUUUAGUGGAUGUCAUUAUGGUAAUUUUAGAAGAGAUUGUGAAAGCAGCUGACGAUAGGAAUCAUUUAACACAACAUGUUUUCGACUAUGUCAAACAAAAUAAUCUCAGAAACCAUCAAAAUAAGAAGUUCUCUUUCCAGUCUCAUGAAAUUGCUACAUAUGAAUCCUCGCGACUCUUCCUUCAGAGAAAAUUUACAUUUUUCGAAUUUGCACAAGCAUUAGAAAGAGUAGAAAUUGAUGAAUUUAAAAACUUUGUGAAAAGUUGGUUAACAGUGUUGCGAAUUGAAUGCUUGAUACAUGGAAAUUUCACAAAAGACAACGCCUUACAUAUUUCACAGCAGGUUGAAAAAAUUAUGUUUGAUAAUAGAAUGAAUGCCAACAAGAUUUUGACACCACUUCCAUCUCAAGAAUAUUUGCGAAAUGUCGCUGUGAAUCCUACAAAUGUGGAGCUUGUGGUUCCAAUUUUAAAUUAUGAUACUUCCAAUCAAAAUAACGCAAUUUUAGUUUCGUAUCAGAUUGGAUACAGGUCAUUGCGAUCUGAUUGUUUAUUGGAAUUAUUCACUCAAAUAUGUUCGAGCAAAUACUUCACACAUAUGAGGACGCAGAAACAAUAUGGAUACAUUGUGAUGUGUUAUCAUCGUUUUAUUCAUAAUGUUUCUUUCUUAAGCUGCUUGAUACAAACAACCACACAUGAGCUCACGGAUAUUCUUGUUGAAAAUGACCACUUCUUCAAGAAUAAUGUGUCAAAACUUCUGGAAGAGCUCACAGAGGAACAAUUUAACGAUAUUGUUGGUUCCAUCAUUCAAAAAGCUUUGGAAAAAGAAAAGACAGUCCAACAACGAUCUCAAAGGUUCUGGAAUGAAAUUGAAAAUCGACAACUCAAGUUUAAUAGAUAUGAGCUUAAGGCAGAACAAUUCAAAAAGUUUACGAAAAAGGAUAUCAAUGAGUUUUAUGAGAACUUUGUUAAUGGUCCACAUUGCAAGAAAUCUGUAUUUUUGGUCUCCAACAAGACAUAUCACAAGGAUCAAUUUUCGAAUCCAAAUAUUGUGCUUGUAGAAGACAUUGCCCAGUUCAAAAGCACUUUGGAAUACCAUUGCAGCAUUUCAGAAUUCUAA